AUGCCUUGGUUGUUGAAAGCAGAACCGGACUCGAGGAUCGUAAAGGGUGUGGAUGUCAAGUACACUAUUGACGAUUUAGAAGACGAACAAGUUGGUCACUGGGAAGGCAUUCGGAAUCACGAGGCUAGAAAGAAUCUACUGGCAAUGAAGGAAGGAGACAGGGCAUUCUUUUACCGCUCCAAUUGCAAACAGCCCGCAAUUGUUGGUACUAUGACCAUUGAUAAAGAAGCCUACGAAGACCACUUUGCCAAAGACCCCAAGCAUCCGUACUAUGAUGCGAAACACACGGGGAAAUGGGUUAUGGUGGACGUUCGGUACCAAUCACAUUUGCAGCCAAUUUUGCUAUCUGAACUACGGGAGAAUCCGAAACUUAAGGAUAUGGCUUUGUUAAAACGCUCUCGACUCUCAGUAACGCCGGUUACCGACGACGAAUUUGAUGAGAUUCUAGCAAUGGCUGGAGUCAACCCGGAGAAGCCCGACCAAGAGGCUUCAGAAGCUGAAAGUGGUGAGGAAACAAAAUCUGAAAGCCCUGGGAACGGUACAAAGAAAGACUAG